CCGACUAGCUAUUUCCUGUUCCACCCUCCUGACUUAACAGUGAACAGACCUCACUGUGGUGCGUUUGUGGCCAGCAGAGGAGAGCUCACUUCCCUCUGGUCAGCAGUGUGGCUCAAAUCUGCACAGAGGCAGAAUAAAUCAGCAUUUUGGGGCUUUUAUUUUGGAGUCAGAUGCCAGUAGUACGUGUGUUGAGUUUCAAGGAAAGGAAACACCUCCGGCACCAAGUGAGGACCACUUGUGGCUGGUCCUCCUCCUCCUCCUCCUCUUCCUCCUCCUCCUCUAGAGGAUGACAGGGAGUGGAUCAUAGUGGAGGGCUGCUUCUCUCUCCAACAGUCCAGCAGCAACAUCAAGUCCUCUGCUACUUUCGCUGAGUGACCAACCACUGCUCACUGCCUCCCUGCCCAAAUUAUGGGAUCUGAACCAAGCACUGACUGAGAGACCACGUCCAAACCUGCAUCUAGAUUCUUCGUUUUUCAGUGGAAAGCAAAGCCGUGCAGCUGUCAUCCAGGGCCGAGGUCUGGGGGCUUCAAAUGGAAGGUGCAGAGGGAGUCCUGCUUCUUCAGUGUGUCAGUUAAAUGCCGAACAGAAGGCUGAGACUCAUCGGUUCCAAAUCUGUCACUGGUGCAUAAGCCAGGAGCUCAGCGUGUUAAAAAAACAGUCCUGGAGAUGGUAGACGUUUGAACAUAUGACCCAGCAGUCAAUCAGGAUGGAGCCUGUAAAGAGAGACAUGGAGCUGCUCAGUAACAGCAUGGCGACCUACGCUCACAUCAAAGCCAAUCCAGAGAGCUUCGCCCUUUAUUUCAUGAUGGGUGUCUGCUUUGGUCUGCUCAUGGCGCUGUGCCUCAUGGUGGCUGGCAUCACCUGCAAGGUUCGCCGCCACCGCCAACCUCCUCCCCCGUCCCCCGAGAGGAGACAACUGAAGGAGUCCAGUGAGGAAGAGGAGGAUGAGAGUAUCUCUGAGGAGGAUGGAGAGGAGGCGGAGAUCCCCAAAGUGACAAUGGGGCCCACGAGUGAUCGUAGCAGCCAGUCAAACGGCACUCUGAGAAGCGUGAAUGUGUUUGCCUCAGCUGAGGAGCUGGAGAAGGCGCGACGUCUGGAGGAGAGGGAACGAAUCGUCAGGGAGAUCUGGAGGAACGGGCAGCCGGACAUCCUGGUCACAGGGACGGGGACUAUUGGUCGAGUGCAUUACCACUAACAGAGUCUUUGAUUGUGCCCUAAAAAUCCACCUUACAGACUGCAAAGUGCAGGACUUUGGGUGCACUGGAUGGAGAAAUUUUCACUCUGAUCUGUAUGGUGACUUAAUGUGUUCAAUAUUGAUAGGCCUAUAAGGGACUGUAUGAAAAAAAGUCAGUUGGGGACAGGGCCUGGACCUUGUGUUUCACUUUGUUAAAAAAAUAUGUAUGUAUAAUUUUUAUCAUCUCAGUUUAGCAUGUUAGCAUGCAUACAUUUGCUAAAUAGCUGAGGCUGAUGGGAAUUCUGUAGUUAUUUGGUCAUACAUCAAAGUACAGGAUAAAUUAAAAUGCUGACCUGAUGGUGGCACAAGAUGAAAAGUGACGGGAUUGUGACAGUCAUUUUUUUCAUCUUGGAACCAUGAAAGUUUGCUCUGAUUUUUGUUCCAAUCCAUCUUGUGGAUGUUGAGAUAUCACAGUAGGAUUCGACCUCUGGGGACCAUAAAUGUCUGUACGAAACGUCAUGGUAAUCCGUUAGCCAGUUGUUGUGAUUUUUCAGUCUGGACCAAAGCGGCUGACCAAUCACACAUCACCAUCCUGACAGUCAUGCCAUCAGCAUGGCUUAAAAAACCCCUUUACAUGUCAGAACAAUACAACAGUGUUAUUAGCCAUGCUUGGUAAUCGUCUACCUCAGUUUGAAUGAAAUAUAAGACAAAUUUAGGAUUUCUUUACCAAAAAAAACCCAAACUACCCUUUUCUGACCCCUCCUUUUGUACAGUCUCGAAAUAAAUAACACAUUGUGAAGUAUACAUAUGAAUAAAUACAGACAAAAUCUGCAAAGAAAUUUGCAAGUAAAAAGAAGCAGUAAAAUCUAUCACGAGCUGACAUGCUCUAAAAAUGAGCUUAAAAAUCUAUUUUAGUGUCAUAUUAUAUGUAUUUGUCUGUAUAUAUUCACAUGAUUAUUUAUUUCAUAAUAGCUUAUCAAUUAAUUUAAUACUGAAUCCUUUCGGUCUCCAUAGAUUGGUAUUACAUUGCUUGUGACAUAUGACGUUUUUGUUCAUCAUAUUUGGCUUCAUCUGUACCCCACUUUACCGUGUCUAUGCAAUGUGAAUUAAAGUUUAACCACUUUUUAAAUCAA